AUGGCGUAUCGAUGCAACCCUUCCUCGCACGCAUUCCGCUUCCCUCGAGAAGAAAUGUGUUCUUCCAUCAUUGUCCAAACGAUAGAUGAAAAUAGCUUUCAUGAUUAUAGAAACUUGCGCGACAGCGAAUCGUCUUCAACGAUGAACUCAGUAACAGACAGUCUGGACGUGCUGAAACUACCUACCAGGUUGAUCGUUGCUCUGACAUGUGGAUUCGGAGGAACUACUAGCCUUCAACUCAUAUGGUCGACACUUUUCUCGCAUGGCACUGCAUAUAUCGCUUACUUGGGAAUUUCCAAGUCGCAGUCCUCGCUGAUAUGGGCAAUUGGUCCAGUAUGCGGCGCAAUUGUUCAACCCAUUGUUGGCGCUAUAGCAGACAACUCUCAACUUCGGCUUGGCCGUAGACGACCCUUCAUCCUCGGAGGGGCGGUUGGCACAGUGCUUUCGCUUAUAGCGUUGGCAUGGGUUAGCAAUAUUAUGCGCGCUCUGGCAGCUAUAGUUGGCGUUCACUCCUUUGACGGUGUUAAGAGUAUGAUACAGUUUGGAAUUGUUGUAUGCAUUACUCUUCUCAACUUCUCGAUUCAACCCCUCCAGUCAGGUCUUCGCUCCUUGAUAGUCGAUGUCUGUCCCCCAGAGCAGCAAUCGAUCGCUAGUGCAUGGGCGGGACGUUUCGUAGGGCUAAGCAAUAUUUUGGGUUAUAUACUCGGUUCACUUCCCCCGGGUUAUAUCUCGAAUGAUAAUGAAGCAUGGAAAUUCCGCUUCUUGUCUCUAGUCUCUGUCGCGGUUUUGGUAUGCACAGUGCUUGUCACAGUUUACUUUAUCCGUGAGGAGGACCCUAGGGAGUUCGUUUACGAGCCCCGGAAGGGAAUGGUUCUACUUCGGAUUCUUCAAACUGUCAAGGGCGGAUGGUUAUCCAUGCCUCCACGAUCGCAACGCGUGUGCUUAGUUCAAUUUUUCGCUUGGAUGGGAUGGUUCGGCUUCCUCUUCUACAGCACGUCCUACGUCGGCCGUUUGUACAUCGCUGAAUCACAGAGACGUGGCAUAGAGCACUUUUAUCUUUUAAGAGAUGCCGGCAUUCGGCUCGGCACCUUUGCCAACCUUCUGUCUGCAGUAAUGGCUUUUGUGACGAUGGUGCUCGCUCCGUACGUCACUUCUACGAAUUCUCUUCGUGCACUCUCUGAGAAAUCUGUAAUCCGUUCUCGAGUUGGAUGGUGGCGAGAGACAAACAUCGUCUGGGCUAUUAGCCAUCUAUUAUAUGCUUUCUGCUCUUUCUGCAUGACGUUCGUCUCUUCCACUAGGAUUGCAAUAUUUCUCAUCGCUCUCACGGGUAUGUCUUGGGGGAUUACGCAAUGGGCACCCUUCGCUAUUUUAGGUGAAGAGAUUGCAAUGAGCCACUAUGAACAAGACUCGGAUGCUGGAAUAGAGUGUCAACAGUGGAUAUCAAGUCGAAAUGGCUCCAUGCUAGGCGUUCAUAAUGCUGCCAUUUCAGUCCCACAAAUUUUGGCUGCCUUGUCAAGUAGCUUCAUUUUUGUACUAUUCAAAACAAGGAGAUCUGGAGAAGAUGAAGGUAUUGUAUGGGUAUUGAGAACUAGUGGCGUUGCUGCUCUUAUAGCUGCCUACUUCGCGUGGAGACUAAAAUGGUAG